AUGGCGUCUGCGGUUACAGGGGGGGCAGUAAAGGGUACUACUUCCCGCAAAGCAGGACACUUUACUAGAAAGCGGACCUGGAGUCGAUUUGGCCAGUCCGCCCCCAAAUACCCCCCACCGUCAAGCCCGAUUGUCGACGGUGGUUGGCGCCGCUUUGGGGCGACCGCUGCCACUAACACCGCCCAAAUUCCCAGGACAACCUUUCUCCUCACCCUCAGUAUCGUUUUCUUGUUGGUCGUCUACUUCGACAGGUCGGACACCACACCAACCAAGCACGAGACUUGGCAUCCCAAAAACCACGAUCGACCGCGAUACCUCCAUCACUCCUCCUUCCGGGAAAAUCCCGAUGUCGAGUAUGAAAGGCAGCUUACGAAAGCGCUCAAGGCAAUUGAAGAGCGCGACCAACAUGGGCCCCCGCCGCACCAUGUCGACACAAUCUGGCAGGUCCUGUUGAAGGACCCGGAGCGACCCCAGGAUGCGAUCGAAAUGGAGGCAGCGAAUCCGGAAUGGGACCUCUGUCCCGGUCUCGCCGACCUUUAUCACGCAUACCCGCGCUUCGUCCAACGCGGCGAUCUGAUUCGCUACUUAAUUCUGUGGUACUACGGUGGCUACUACGCGGAUGUAGACGUGUUCCCCAAGCGAUCCAUCAAAUCCUGUCCCUCAGCCCCACAGUCGCUCUUUAGCGAGGAAAACGAUGUCUCGCUGGUCCUUGGAAUUGAGAUCGAUGAGCCUUACGCCUCCGAGGAGGAAAUGAAGCACUGGCACUGGGUGCGCCGCUACGGUUUCCUGCAGUAUACCAUCCAUGCGCCGCGCCGGUUCAGCCCCUUGCUCCGCGAAGUGAUCGUCCGCGUCCUGUCACACACCAAAAAGCACCUCGCGACAGGCGGGAUCUUUUUUGGCCCCAAGUGGACUGAGCUGGCGAUUCUGGAGGUCACCGGACCGGGUGUGUUCACGGAUGCGAUUAUGGAUGUUCUCUCGCACACCCUGCCUUCGUCGCACCCGCUUGUGGAGCAGUCUGUCGAGGCGGAUGCUGGACUGGGCGAUCUCGUCCCACCGGGCCAGAGUUUCCCUCUCCAGCGGGUGACCUGGGCUCCGUUCUACCGCCUCCAGGAAACGCUAUGCGUGAACGCGUCGGAGGCAAAGAUAGGGAAGGAGCGGGAUUUUGGAGGCCUUUGCGUGUUGCCGAUCAAUGCAUGGGGCAAUGGACAGCGCCAUAGCCAGUCAGAGGACUACGAUAGCGAGCAAGCUUGCAUUAACCAUCGCUUCGGUGGCUCGUGGAAGCCGUGGAAAGUCCGAAGGAAAUGGGGAGACGUGAUUCUGGGCGUGAAGCCACAACCUGAAAAAGUUCUCAAAGUGUAA